AUGAGUGAGAACCAGGUGAAACAGUGGUUGACCCUGCAGAAUGGCUUGGACAAAGUGUACCAGGGCACAGCGCCCAUGCCCUCGCCUAGAGAGAACGAGGUGCUGGUCGAGAUCCGGGCUGUGUCGUUGAACUACCGCGACACAGAAGUCGCCAUGGGGCUGUACAACCACCACAAGUCGGUCGGCCACGGUCAGCCGGAGCCUCUCGUCCUGUGCGCCGACAUGUGCGGUGUCGUGACGGCCGUCGGCGAGGGCGCCGCCACCGUGCCGUGGAAGGUCGGUGACCGCGUAGCCUCCAUCUUCAACCAAACGCACCAGAAGGGCCAGGUCAAAGCGAAGGAUAUGGCGUCCGGCCUCGGCCUGCCGCUGGACGGCGUCCUACAGACGCAUCGCGUAUUCCCGAGCUACGGGCUGGUCAAGGUGCCCGAGUACAUGACGGACCAGGAGGCGUCGUGCUUGCCGAUUGCUGCGGUCACUGCGUGGAUGGCCAUAAACGGCAUGAGGCCACUCGGCCAGCCGGGUGGCGAAGGCGAGGUCGUGUUGCUCCAGGGCACGGGCGGCGUGUCCAUCUGCGGCUUGCAGAUUGCAAAGGCCAGUGGCGCGAAAGUGAUCGUGACGUCGUCGUCGGAUGACAAGCUCAGGAAGGCGCAGAGGCUUGGCGCGGACUACCUUAUCAACUACCGCAGCACGCCGGAGUGGCAGGACGAGGUCAUGAAGGUCACGGACGACGAAGGCGCGGACAUAAUUUUCGAGACGGGCGGUGCACGCACGCUACGCAAGUCUUUCGACUCGGUAGCAUUCGGCGGCCUGAUCAACUCCAUCGGGUACCUGUCGGGCAAGGAGGAUGAGGCGGGCGACAGGACCAACGUGAACGUGCUAGCACUCCGGCGCAACGUGACGCUCAAGGGCAUCCUCAACGGACCGCGCGAGCGGUUCGAGGAGAUGUGCGACUUCUACCGGAAGCACGAGAUCCACCCGGUGAUUGACAGGGAGUUCCCGUUUGACGCGGCAGGCGAAGCGCUGCAGUAUCUCUUCUCAGGCGGGCACUUUGGUAAAGUGGUGGUCAAGGUUAAGGCUUAG